UUGAAUUUUUUUGGUCAAUUUUAUUGCCGUUUUGUCCACCCAUACCAGAAAUCGGUUCCAAAGUUUGGACCAGUGCUAGCCACCCGGCGCCCGGGGUUUUUAUCAAUUUUUUUCGUUUUUUUUACCGGAUUUCAAGAGCCCUACAUGAUGGUAUAGUCGGCCAAAAUAGGCCGGGACCAAAAUUCGCAUGUUUUUGUCAACACAAAUGAGAGAUCGGACAGAAUUUUCACGUUUUUGCCCGAAAAAGACCGAUUUUUCGACCAGAUAUGAUACCCAGACCAGCAUAAAAAUUAAUUUUACGUCGAAAUAAUAGAGACACCUCCACACCAGAACACAUGGUUUAGUUCAUUUUCCAUGUGAAAAUAUCAUUUGAAAGUAAACAGUGCCGAAAUGUCUUCGAAUGAUCGAAUUGUGCAUACAAAAUCGCUUAUAUGACACACUAAACUCACUUCCAACGACUUAUGGCUGGUUCAUAUCCUCCAAAUUUUCGACGAGCAAACGAUUUAGAGUACCACUGAUGCAAUCUGAUCAGCCUAGGGUAUCGAAAAGUGCCUUUGUUUCGACCAAUGUUUUCAACUCGCAAUAUUUCAUAGUGAAAAUUUCAAUUUUGUAGCAAAAUAUGCUUUUUUUGAUGUUUCUAUCAUAAAAAUAAUGAGGUUUACGAACAAAAGAACAUUAUUUUGUUAUCAUUUUGCUUUUAAGUGGGCAUUUUUAUGCGAAAACUCCUUUAAAAUUCACAUUUUGGUUCGAAUACACCGAAUAUGUAUUUGGUUGGAUACAUUGUGACUUUUCAAGUGAAUUCCGUUUCAAUUGCAUUGGUUUGAAUGUUAUGUUACAUGCGUGAUCAAUAUUAAAAUACAGCAAUUUAAACUCAACCUACAGAUUGUUAUGUUUAUUGAAAAUUUUGGUUUUUCUACAUCGCUAAAUGAAUACAAAUGUUUGUUUUUAUAAUAUUUUAUGUUGAAAAAAACUGAGUUAAAUUCAGAUUUGAAAUGAUUCUUUAAGAAGUCAUAUUGUUUUGAAAUGAAUAUGAUUAUUAUUUUUUCAAUAUUGAAACGGUUUCAAAAACGUCGCUAGCGGAAUAACGGCGAACAUCGAUAACACCUUCAGCAACUGGCUUGAAUGAAUGGUACGACUGAGUUCCAACCAACGUUUUGAUGUUCUCGUAACGAUUUCCAUUUUCAUGUUCCUGUAAUGUCUCCUCGUAGUCUUCGUUUGAGCAGUACAUGUAGACAACUUUCGAUUCUUCGUUUUUUUUCAGGAACAUGAAAAUGGAAAUACCCAAUAUAAGCAAAAAUAUUCCGGCUUUGUUGGGAAAUGUGAUGGUUCCCCCAACAAUGGACCCAGUCCCGGGUCGAUCUGGCGACCCCAAAUACAGAUUUUCCUUGAUUACGUAUGAAAUGGUCGCAUUUUUAUUGGCGAUUUGUAAAUCUUCCACUUCAAAAAUUAUGUCCAUCGGAAACUUUUACUCAAAUGAAAAACAGUUGAAAACAUUACAAUCUCAUCCAUUGUUCCAUUCCAAUUUAAUCACUCUGUUUUAUUUCCACAGUUCCUGAUCGUGGAUGUGCGUGGAAACGGUAAGAUUGAGGCUCCAUUUUUUUAUCAAGUUUCACUCACACAGCACACUGCGUCACUGUAUGCAACAUUUUCUUCCGAUUCACUUCACUGAUCUUCUAUUUUUUCAACUUUUAGUAAACAAAAAAGACAUAAAUGGAGUAACAGCUCUGCAUAGAGCUGCUGAGACUGGUAAAACGCAGGAAGCUCGAAAACUCAUCAACAAUGGAGCCGAAGUUAAUAUUGAAAAUAAUUCGAAUGAGACACCUCUUCAUUUAGCUGCUUUCAAUGGUAAAAAGAGUGUUGCUGAACUUCUCAUCCAAAGAGGAGCCAUUGUUGAUAAAAUAAAUGAUUUCUAUGCGACACCUCUUCAUUCAGCUGCUUUCAGUGGUCAUAAGGAUGUCGCUGAACUUCUACUCAGGAAAGGAGCUAAUUAUGAAAUGGGAAAUUAUCUUAAUAAUACACCCCUUCAUUUAGCUGCUUUGAAUGGUCGCAAGAAUGUUGUCGAAUUUCUCAUUAGUAAGGGAGCCAAUGUUAAUAAUGAAAAUACUGCGAAAAACACACCUCUUCAUUUAGCUGCUCAGAAUGGUAAUAGUUGGAUACUUGUCUUUACUAAAAGAAUAUUGAUUUGAUCUUUUCCAUCCAUCUAAAUUAUUUUUUAGGUCAUAGGAGAGUCGCUGAACUUCUCAUCCGUAAAGGAGCAAAUGUUAAUGUUAAAAAUAAUUCGGAUCAGACUCCUCUUCAAGUAGCUAUUAACAAUGGUAAAGCUGACUAAAUAAGAUAUCGAUUUGAUCUUUUUCAUUGAUCUGUAUUAUUUUUAGGUCACAAUGAGGUCGCCAAACUUUUUAUCGGUAAAGGAAAGAAAAUUAAUAUUGCAGAGCAAUUGGAAUAGAUUCAAUUGUCUACUAACAAUGGUAAUGUUGCUUAUUUUUUUCACUAAAUAAGAAAUUAGUUUGAUCUUUUUGAUUGAUGUGUAUUUUUCAGGUGACGAAUAGCUGAACCAAUUUAGCUGAAUAAUCGGAUGAUUUCCUUCGAUUGCAGUGUAGAAAUAAUUUCAAAACAUUUUUUCGUCAAUCUAUGACCAUACCAACCAAUAUUGUUGCUUUG